AUGGUGCUGCAAUUACAUGUGUGGGGGCCGGCCUUCGCCUUGCCCUCAAUUGACGCGCAAUGCCUCGCAGCUAUCGCCUAUUGUUCUUUAGCCCUCCCGAAGGACUCCUGGGAGUUGGUCGCCAGCAGUGAUCCCUCCGUGUCCCCUACCGGUGAGCUCCCGGCCCUCCAAAACGGUGCGGUGUGGGUAAGCCGGUUCCGCAGUAUCGUGGACUACCUCCGCCAAUUCUCGAACGGGGCCUGGGAUCUGGAUAAUCAACUGGACGAGACAUCCCGUGCUGAUAAUAUCGCCUUCUCCUCCUUCAUCGAAUCCCGCGGCCAGUCCCUUGUCGACAUCUACCUGUACGUUACCAGCCAGAAUUAUUACGGAAACACCUCGCCUGCAUACGGAAGUCUUCUCCAGUGGCCGAACCAAUGGAUUCUACCGCCAAAGCUGCAUAGUGCCGCCAAAGGCCGUACCGAGCAUCUGGGUCUCUCGUCGCUUGACCUGCAAGCUAUGGAGGACCAACGGCAGCGCGACCACAGCGCCGCCGUGGCCGCCGGAAAGAUCCCCAAGAACCUGAUCCAGCGACCCCGUGAUACUGUAUCGAGCUUUUUGGGUCGCACGGCACAGUCAAAUCACUUCCGCAUCGAGGCGCUGACGGCGGAGUUUUUUGAGCCCCUCGAGGCCAUGCUGGGCCGUAAGGCAUACCUUCUGACUGCCGAGGACGAGGCCACCCCGUCCAGUAUCGACUGCAUCGCGCUCGGGUAUCUGUCACUGGCGCUCGUACCAGAGAUGAGCUUCCCAUGGCUUCGGGAUGCGAUGCGUGCCAAGGCUCCAUUGCUCUCGGCGUACACAGAGCGCUUGCGGCGACGGUGCUUCGGCGAUGCUCCGAUAGACAUCGCUCAUGCAUUUGCGCCCGAGUCUGCGCCCGAGUCGCCGAUUUCUUGGCGAGCUCCAGGGCGCAUCUCUGUCGCGGCGGUCGGCACGACCCUUCUCUCUACUCUGGCCGACUCGACCCCCUUCCUGCGUGAAAUCCGCAAGAACAACGGGCUUAAGAAGGUAGCCCAGUCGGAAGAUUCUGGGCUUUCGUCCACAGAGAAGCGGGUUCUGAACCUCCACGCUGAGUCUCAAAAGAAAGACAUGUAUGUCUCCAUUGCCACGGUGGUGGGUGGUGUUGCUCUCAUGGUCGGUUACAUGAUGCAAGUUGGUAUGCUCUCUUUCCACACACAAGACGACGAGGAGGAAGUGGAAGAGGAAAGAGGAGAGGCUUCCGAGGCAGCGUAUCCGACGGUAGCUGAAUUCCUCGGGGUCUAA